ACUACCGCAGCAACCCCGAGCACAAAAUUCAAGGAGAAAAAACAUCGAUAUUACAGACUGGAAAGAAAUAAAGUUGAAAAAGUUAAAUUCAAGUAUCAAACAUAUGUAUAUAGUCCGCUACAUAAAAUACUUUCACUCGGUAAUAUAUUCUGUUCAUACCAAAUGAACACAUCCCUGCAUUGUCCUCCUAACUCGUCUAAAUACGAAUUAGAGGACAAUGCAAAAAACCCCCAACAGCGCCAACAUAACAGCGAAGUACCCAACAAAACGAAAAAACACAAUAAAAUCAAUCAGCAAAGCGGACGGACAUAUUCAGGCGCCAAAAUAUCAGCAGCCAAAAUAUCAGCAGCAGCAAUACCAGCAGCCACAUCAACAACCAGCAGCAGCAGUAUCAGCAGCAACAACAGCAGUAGAACCUUUGAAGAUCAACGCGGGAAUAAAAAAACCAUAUCAGGAUUUUGGAUCAUCAGGAUUUGCACUUUUUCACCCACCCAAUCAACUAUAUUUUGAAUCAACAGGAUUAAUAUUUACCCACCCAAUCAACUAAUCAACUACUUUAUCAUCAAACCCAUACGUGGAAAAAUUUGACAUGGCCCCUCAAAGCAGUACGAAGUCAAUUUGCAGCCGCCAAAGCAGCCCCACAUUCACUGUGCGAUCACUUAGCGUAACCCGUAGUAUCAGCCCACUCUCCGACGAAGGAACCCUGGCAAGACGCCUGCAUCGCUUUAAAGCGACCCUUUCCCCCAUUCGAGAGGAGCGUGGAAAUACGCAUCGCACGGCCCGACGUACCAUCAGCCUUUCCCCUAUUCAUGAAGAACGGGGAAGUACUCAUCGCACGGCUCGGCGUGCUAUCAGCCGUUCAUCAAAGCGAACACACAAACACGUCGCCUGUGGAUUGUGUAAAAAAGACCAUAGACUGGUAACUUGUUCAAAAUUCACCAAAAUGAACAUCAAUGAAAAGUUUGACGCAGUUAAUAAACACAAGUACUGCGUCAAUUGCUUGGCCAGAUCGCAUUCCACCCAAAAGUGCACAAGUAAAAAACGAUGUGCCACGUGUAAUGGGGAACACCAUUCAACCCUACAUGGACACCCCAGGCUGUUCUGCAAAGAGCAAAAAAAAACAGCAAAAGGCGAAGAACGAUUACAUAGACAAGAGGAUCUACCCACGUUACUGGCCAAGCCGACCCUCACACCAACAGUCAUGGUCAAAAUUAAACACGAUGGCAAAUGGAACAAAAUACGAGCCAUAGUCAACCCGACCCGAAAAGUGACUGUAAUUGCAUCAGAACUGGUGCAGAGAUUGCGGUUUCCAAAAACGUACCUCGACUCACAUCGUAUAUGUAAAGUCGUCAUAGGAUCGUUAACUGAUUCCGACUGGCAUGUCGAAGUUAACUGCCUAUUGACGUACGAUUUACCGACCCGACCCUAUAAUCGUGACUUAAGUGGCGAAAUCAUUAAGAAGUUCGACCACUUAGUUCUAGCCGACCCUACAUUCUGGAAAGACGAUAAAAUCAUGUUGGAACUGGGAGCUGACAUCUACCCAAGAUUGAUGAAACCCGGACUAUUCAACCCCGACAACAGCACCGUGAUCGCACAAAACACCGCACUCGGUUGGACUUUAACCGGUGCUUGUGCGAUUUAAACCCAAAAGUAUACCUCCAACCCGUUGAUAACAAUACUCAUUUACCCAAUUUAAAACAGAUCUAAAAAUCUUUUUAUUCGCAGACACUGCAAGGCGGCCGGGAUGUUCAUACCAAAUGAACACAUCCCUGCAUUGUCCUCCUAACUCGUCUAAAUACGAAUUAGAGGACAAUGCAAAAAACCCCCAACAGCGCCAACAUAACAGCGAAGUACCCAACAAAAC